AUGACUUUUCUUCCUUAUGAUGAAGAAGAAGUAAAUAUAUUAUUAAAAAAAUACAACCAACAAACCUCUAAUUUAAUAAUUGAAGAAUAUAAAGAGAAAGAAAUAAUAUCAUUACAAAAUAUAGAUAGUCAAUUAAAAUAUGAAAAACUUAUUAAUAAAGCAUCAGAUUAUCAUUGUCAAAUUACUACAUUAAAAGAAUUCUAUCAAGGAAAUUUAAAGGAAAAAGAAAGUUUAGAAAAAAUUAAUCAAAAUCUAAACAAUGAUAUUAAUUCAUUACAAAAUCAAAUUAUUCAAAUUAAACAAUUAUAUUUUAAUGAAUUAAUUGAUAAAAUAGGAGAAAGUGGAUUAUCAUUAGAAAAUCUUCAAGAAGUAUUUCUUCAACUUAUUAUUAAAGAAGUUCCUCUCUCUUCUUGGAAAGAAUAUCUUAUUAAUCAAUACUUUUCUAUAUAA